AUGAGCACGUGGAAGAAUAACCAACUUCCAGAAUGUAUGGAAGACGAGGAUCAAUGUGCAGCGAAUCCUUGCGAUCAAGCUCAUACGAUUCGUUGCCAGGACUUGAUAAGGGACUUUCGCUGUGAGUGCGAAUAUGGUUACGGAAAGAAAGAUUGUGGCACACUGGUAAACUAUUGCGUGAACAACCCUUGUGUUAAUGGCAUUGGCGGAGAAAAGGGCGACGGAUGUAUUCCUGAAUACGAAGAUUACACAUGCAAUUGUCAACUUAAUUGGGAAGGAAAAAACUGUGAGAAAGAGGUCAAGGAUUGCAGGCGUGAAGUGCUUGAGCCUAGCGAUGAGGCCUACCAGUGCGUCCACGGAGAAUGCGACGAUCAGCAGGAAAUGUGCAUAUGUGCGCCAGGCUGGGUUCAUUCAAAUAGCGGCUUUGACGUCUGCGACCAAGACGAAGAUGAAUGUGAAACUGGCUCUCACCAGUGCGAGCAUCAAUGCGAGAAUACCAUUGGCUCCUACAUCUGCAAGUGUAACAAGGGAUACAUUAAGAGUAGCCAGAAUUCGAACAAGUGCGACGAUGUGGACGAAUGCAGACACAACAACGGCGGUUGCGAAAAAUAUUGUUCGAAUACAGAAGGAAGUUUUCAAUGCAGUUGCCCUGACGGAUUCACACUAGAUAUGAGGUACGAACGACACUGCUAUGACGAUGACGAAUGUGAAGACAAUAACGGAGGUUGCUCUCAAGAGUGCAAAAACACUCAUGGUUCGUACUACUGCGGAUGCGAAGAUGGCUACUAUCUCGAUAAUGACCGUCAUACUUGUAAAGAUUUGGAUGAAUGUCAUCCAGAAGACCUUCCUGCAGCUGCACUUUCCCAGGAUCUGAAUCCAUCCUUAAAAAUGCAGCUUGACAAUAUGGAACCAAAUGGGAAGUGCGACCAACUUUGUGUUAACGAAGAUGGUGGUUAUCAUUGCACUUGCGAAUCAGGAUAUCACAUUCUUAACGAUGGCUUCACUUGCAUGGACGAUGAUGAGUGUCUCGACGGAACUCACGAAUGCACUCAAAAAUGUAUCAACACUGAUGGUUCCUACGACUGCUCUUGUAAAGAAGGCUUUAAACUUGAUACGAGCGACUGGAAAACUUGCCACGACAUCGACGAAUGUUUGGAAAAACAGCACGACUGUCGAUCUCCUUCUGUUUGUGAGAAUACAAUUGGGUCCUAUGAAUGCCCUUGUCCCUCAGGAUACACUCCUGCCAUGAGCCGAUAUAGCAACCCACCAUGUAUCGAUAUCGAUGAGUGUCAAGACACUCCCUGUGCACAUGGAGGAAUCUGCACCAAUAUUGAUGGUGAUUUCCUGUGUAGCUGCAUAAACACGGGCUUUAUCGGAAAAACUUGUGAGAUCGACUUGGACGAGUGUCGCUGUAUGGAGGACCCUGAUUACAAAAAUGAGCAUUCAUCGUGCCUUGCUCUUCUUAGAGAAGGUCAAAGAUGUCAGCAUGAGUGUCAAAAUUUCAAUCCAGACUUGGACAAACAAGACAGCGACAAGCACACAUGUAACAAUAUUAAUGAGUGCGAGUGCUUCGAAGGUGGUUCGCGCUUUUAUAAUCAGAACCGUGAAGUUUGCGAAGAAUUCAUGGAUCGCAAGUGUACCGAGGAUUGUCGCGAUACAUCUGGUGAUUUUCAAUGCAAGUGCAAAAAGGGACACUGGCUUCAGGAGGAUGGUUUCACUUGUGCAGAUGUCGAUGAAUGUCGCUGCAUGAAUGAUCAGACUUACAAGGACAUUGAUGAGUGUUCUACAGGAUCUCAUACGUGUGACGAAGGAUUUGUCUGCCAGAACACAGUCCCUAAAUAUGAAUGUGUCAGGCCAAACGUCCCAACAGUUUGCCAUGAACCGAUCGAGCCUAUGGCAGAGUCAUACCAAACCGGACGGAAAUUCAAUGGCGAGAACUCGCAAGUCAUUGAUCUUAAAAUCGUUGGUGAGGACAAGCAUUUCGAAUUCGCAGUGAACUUUCGAACACGCGAUGAAAGUGGUGUGUUGAUGGAAAUGAGCUCAAGAAAAUCAAAGAAAAAUAAGGGUCAGCUGAUAAGGGUAAAAUUGGCCGAUGGUAUGGUCACGACGGUUCUUUCUGAAGGAAGCGAGAUCAAAGGUUCACAAAACGUUACAAAUAGCUAUUCAAAUGGCUAUUUUUCGACUUUAACUUUCCGUCGGGACUUCGGAGCUACGAAAGCAUUGAAAAUCUCCAUCGACGGGAAUAUAAUCUUCUCCCAAGAUGGCUUUGACCAAGGAACAUUUGGAACAAAUAUGCGUCGACUUGAACUUGGUGGAAGCAAAGACCAGCCUCUGAUUGACCCAUCAAACUCGCUCGAUGCUUGUUUCCAGAAACAGUCAACUACAUUUUUCAAUAAAUACGAAAUUCCUUCUGAAGUAGAGGUGAGCUCCUCUGAACAAUGCUUCGCUGAAAUAGUGGAUGGCGAUGGCAUCUACGCCGAGGGAAAUGGCUAUGCUACAUUCGAUAUUUCAAAGCUUGAAAAUCUUCACCGCAAAGACAGUCAUUUUAGCUUUGGAUUUUAUGCGAUCAUAGAGUCCAAUACAGGUACGAUUUUUAAAUUCGGUCCGCUGGAGCUGUCUGUGAAGUUUGGAAAAUUAUUUCUCACUUUGACCAAGCGGGGUCGAUCAAAGACCGUCGACCUCGCUGACUGGGUUGUCCGGGAUAAAAAGAAGAACCCCAUGCAUGCAAGACAACUGCAUUUCUGCGACGGAGCAAAGCAUAUAAUAAAGGCGAAGCUAAUUCAAGAGCCCAACGCAAAUACCAAUAAGGCAAUUAUAGUGAUUGGUACGCAAAUGUUCAAGAUGUCGGAACUCUUUGGAGAUACAAGUCCGGACGCAUUUGUAGAUGAAAUCACUCUUGGAGGAGAGAAGAACACAAACAAAGGCAUACGCGGGAUGUUCAUGCCUUACCCGAGCAAUGGACGACCCUGCCACUCACGGCGCAUAAUGAAGACUACGUGUGACUUCACACGACAUGUAAAAGAUUAUGUUAACUUCCGACUGUUCUCGGCACCCGCCAGAUUAUUGCCAUGA